AUCCAAUCCAACUCGAUCUCUCAACCUCUCAACUCUCCCCAGCUCUCAGCUCUCUGUGUGUGCUUGUGUAAGAGAGAGAGAGAGAGAGAGAGAGAGAGAGAGAGAGAGAGAGAGAGAGAGUAUAACUACUUAUCUUUGAGUGAUUGAAUCAGCUAGAGCUAUGGUUUCUUUUCAAGCUCAUCCUCUUUCUCCAAUCCAAAAGAAGGCAAUCCCAGACUUUGAGAAUUCAUCCAAGAAAAGAAAAUGGGACGACGAUCCAUACGAUCAUACGGAGCAACUUUUCGAAAAACGUGUGAAAGUACCACAAAGCACACCGAAAUCCUUGUUUGAUAUCGAGCUUCACCUUGAGACUCCAUUGCCUUUGGAGUGGCAAAGAUGCCUUGAUAUUCAGUCGGGGCAGAUACAUUUUUACAACACAAGGACUCAGAUGAAGACUUCAAGGGACCCAAGGAGGAGCCCUGAGCCACCAACUAGUCCAGCUGCUGAUCAUCAUCGUCGUCGUCGUCGUCCCAUGAGCCUCGACCUGGAGCUCAACCUAAGAUCAUGUGAUCAAUCCAACGCUAAUUCAGACAUUUCAUCAACACACAACUUCAGUGCUUUGUUCAUGGAACCCCACAGACCAACAAAAAGUAACCCUAUUAAUUUAGGGUUUCAUGUUGAUCAUCACCAUCAGCAGCAGCAGGAGAUGGUGGCCACUGUGUGCAUCAAGUGCCACAUGCUGGUGAUGCUGUGCAGGUCUUCUCCUGCAUGCCCUAACUGCAAGUACAUGCACCAACUUGAUCAGAGCCCCCCAAACCUAUUCAAUUUCAAGCCAAGGCGUACUAGUAGCUUCAUGUGUUAAUUAAUUAGCUAGUAAUUAAGCUUCUGCUAAUUAAGACUAAGACAAGGCAUGCCAUAUGAUUUAACAGUUAAUUAUAUAUUCUGUGUUAUACUCUUCCUGGAGGGUUUAAAUUUCUGUCAAUUUAUAGCUUCAUCUUCCUCCUCUAUUAGAAAAAUGACUGGUAAGAGUGCUAAUAUAUAUAUAUAUAUAUAUAUAUAUAUAGAGAGAGAGAGAGAGAGAGAGAGAGAGAGAGAGAGAGAGAGACCUCUCUACCUAAUGUAAAUAUAAAUGAAGCUUAUUAUCCUACUACUAAAGUUGUUUAAACCAUGGGUGUCGGUAAUCA